AUGGAGUUAUGUACAUUUAACGUUAAUUAUGGAUACCUGGAAGGUAUCGUUCGCGGUUAUAGGUCCACCUUCCUAUCUGCCAUGGAUUAUAAAAAAAUGGGAGUGGCAGAGACUCUGGAGGAUCUAAGAACAGUUCUAGAAGCCACAGAUUACACCUCCGCAUUUAUAGAUGAACAAGCACAAAUCACAACCAAACUUAUCUCCAAAAGAUGUAAAGAAAAGCUCGCUUCAGACUAUCAGUACCUACGCCAGCAAUCUGACGGAGAUUUGGCAGUAUUUUUAGACUUCAUAGCAAGAGAAAAGAUGAUUGACAAUCUCAUCGCCCUACUGCAAGGAUUGCUAAAUAAAACCGAUCCAGACGACGUUAUGGAUAGAUUAGACCCUAUAGGAUGGUUUAGAGGAAUUAAAGCACUUUUGAGCUCGGAAAUAGGCCAAUCGGCCGAGGAACUGUACAGAAUAAUUUUAUGUGAUACACCAAUAGGACCAUAUUUUGAAAGAUAUCUACCCACAGUUACAUAUACAAGAGGAUCUAGCAGUAAUAUUGAUAAGACCCAUAAAAUAAUGGAUUCCGCAAAUAUAUCAAUCAUGAAGGCAACACUCAAAAAGAUGUGGCUUGAAGACUUUUACAACUUUUCAGUCUCACUGGGAGGCACAACAGCAGAGGUUAUGGGUCAUAUUCUCAAGACUGAAGCCGAUUUUAAGGCACUUUCACUCACCCUCAACUGCCUUAACAUGACUCAAGCAGCAGUUCAACAGGAUAGGAACAAACUUUACCCAUCAAUUGGCUAUUUAUACCCAUACGGAACAGAUAAGCUCUGCAAAGCAUUCAAUGAAACUACAGUUCAGGCAGCUCUGGUGCCAUACCCAAGAUAUGCUGAGCUUUAUGAGUCCUCAAAAGCAAACUUCAGGGCAGAAUCAAGAGCGACCAAGUACGAUGCAAGUGAAAAGUCUCUGGAGGAUUUGUUCUACGCAGAAAGCGUCCACCUGUGUGAGAUGAGCUUUGAGCAACAACUCCAUUUCGGAAUUUUCUACGCUUGGGUAAAGCUUAAGGAACAAGAAAUAAGAAAUAUCACAUGGAUUGCAGAUAUGAUACUACUUAAAAGAAGGGAAGAAAUCUCUAGAGUUCUCCCAAUUUUUAAAUCAAGAGUUUAA